GCUAUUAACCCCUUCUUAGCUUCUCUGUUUGCCCAUGGAAGGGCGGCUCCAGCCACCCUCCAUAGACGAACACCAUGCAGUUACACAGUUACCCCUCUCUCCCGGCCGCGCCGACCACCACACUUACGUCGUCCAAGUCCCCAAGGACCAGGUCUAUCGCGUUCCUCCGCCGAAAAAUACCGUCAUCGCCGCCCAACAUCGUAAACCUACUAACAAGAAGAACCCUAAUACCUGCUAUCGCUCCUCCUGGUUCUUUAUCUCUCUAGCCAUUCUCAUCGUCAUUGCACUCAUCAUAACCGCCUUGUAUUUCAUCUUCAAGCCCAAGCUUCCUCAGUUUUUUGUCACCAAAUUUGAGGUCAAGAAGCCUCCCACGACCACUACCACGACGACGUCGAAGAAGAAUGCAUAUUGGGUUCCUCAUUAUUUAGUUUCGAUGAGGGCCGAGAACCCUAAUGGCAGAUCUGGGCUAAGUUACGCCAAGGAUGGGGGUGUUUCCAUGUAUUACAACAGCAUCGCGGUGGCGACCGGUAAGUUUCCAGGGUUGGAUCAGGAGCCGGGUGAUUCGUCUCCAGUGAAGAUUGAGCUAUCGGGAUCAAAAGAUAGGCCUUUAAAUGCAGAUAUGAGAAGGAGUAUGAAUACGACAAGCAAGAGUCACGUGGCAAUUUCUUUUGAGUUGGAGAUGAAACUUGAGGUGAAGGGAAGGAUUGGGGGGAUAAAGAUUUAUAGGAUGAAUCCUACAGUAAAUUGCAAGAUCAAGAUGAGCUCGUUGAGGGACGACGCUCGUGUGCUUUCACAAGAAUGCAAUUAAUUAAUGUGAAUUAAUUAACUGGGCACAUGCAUGCAUGAAUUGAAGAUGAUUAAUUAAGGAGGGCGAUAUGAUCGUGCGGGGUUUAGCCAAAUUAAUACUUGCUUCUUAAUUAUAGUUUUCUUUUCGCUUUUCUGCUAUUCUUUUGGAUUGGUCGAUUCCAUA